AUGCAAGAGGUUGUUGAUACAAGUCAAAUUAAAAACGCGCGAUCGAUCGUCACGCUCAUCGUUUUCAUUCUCACUACUUCAAAUGCGGUCCUGGAUGCGCUGAGCGCCUUGCGCGUGAUAUCGCCAAGGCAGGAUUGCUCGCAGCACGAUCACAAGGAUGAUCGGAAUGGCAAAAUCAAACCUUUCCUGCGACUAAACUUCCCGAUCAACUUUGUUACGGCCCCCUUGAUAGCAGAUCUCUUUCUGCUUGCCAUCUUGGCUAUUGGCCGACAGGAAGUGCACGAUGGCACGAUCGGGGCGAACAACAUUAAUCCUCUGGACAUCAUGAUUUUCUUCAUCACGCUAGCAUACAUCGCUAUCUCGAUUGACGCCUCCGGUCUGAUCAGGUACCUAGCAUUCAAAGUGCUUCAAAAGGGAGGCAAGGUUGGGCACAGACUGUUCCUCUACCUCUAUGUCUUCUUCUUUGGCCUAGGAAGCUUCAUUGGAAAUGACCCUAUUAUUCUGUCCGGCACGGCGUUUCUCGCCUAUAUGACCCGGGUGUCGAGCAACAUCAUCCAUCCACGAGCAUGGAUCCACACCCAGUUCGCCGUGGCGAACAUUGCCUCAGCGAUCCUUGUCUCCUCCAACCCGACCAACCUCGUGCUCGCCGGUGCUUUCAAGAUUAAGUUCGUCGAUUACACCGCAAACAUGAUCGUUCCUGUCGUUGUCACGGCGAUUGUCCUGUUUCCUUUCUUGCUAUACAUCGUCUUCGCCGACGAAUCUCUCAUCCCGUUAUCGAUCAAGAUGCAUGAGCUCUCCGAGGAAGAGAAAGCCAAGAAGCCCGUGAACCCCAACAUUCCUCACGCUAGAGGAAACGAUGCGGAACUGGAGAACGAUCUUGCGGACAACGAACAAGGCAAGCAUCUCUCACUUGAAGAAAUUAUGAACCCUUUCCUAGACAAGGGCGGCGCAGCGUUCGGAGCCGUUGUCAUGGCUGCAACGCUCAUUACCGUCCUGGCGCUCAACGCUGCUAGCCAGAGCAAAGGCGAACAUCCAGUCUUCUGGGUGACCUUGCCAGCCGCGGUUGUCAUGUUCUGCUGGGACGUCUCGUUCGGAUGGUACCACCGGCACGAGACGCGGGAAAUUGCUCACAGGCGUCGAAGGGAGGUUGAGCUUACUCGAGCCGAACGAGCGAUCAGAGAGGAGGACGAAAUGAAGCGAGCGAGCCUAGAGCAAAAGGAGCGAGAUGCUAAGGCGGCAUACGAACCUGCUCUGACGUUGACGCACUCACCGGAAGCCCUGCUACAGAGCCAGAGCGGCGCUACUAGUAGUAAGAUCAAUAUAAAGGCAACGAACGAGAUCACUCUAGCGACUGAUAGCCCCAGCACAAGACCACAAUAUCUGGGUUCUCCGCUGCCUCCUACUCCCACGCUUCUUGCAUCUGAAAACAGCGACAGUCUAACUCUGGAGUCGAAUCCGCCUCUUGAAUCGUCGGUUUCAAUGCUCGUACCGGGAUACGAUCAGUUGCAGAAUAGCCGACCAUCGAGCAACGCGAUAAGCACGCUAGACGAGAAGCAAGAAUUAGCCCGCGCAGACUCUAGCUACUCGCCUCAGCGGCAGUUAGGUACGACAUCGAGCGGGGAGAUGGACGAGAAGAAGCCCACGUUCUCCGCCAGGAUCUCGCGCGAGGUCGCGCUUCGACAAGAGCGUGGACGGCCGACACUCGUAUCGCUUGUCGCGAAUGCGUACAGAUGGUCGCAGGAGACCUUCCCUACCGUCACAGCAGUGGUAGCUCACCUGCCAUUGGCUCUCGUGCCUUUUGCUUUCUCCAUGUUCGUCCUCGUCCAAGCGUUGCUCACCAAUGGUUGGAUCCCGGUGUUCGCUUAUGGAUGGGACCAUUGGGUGACAAAGACAGGAACCGUUGGCAGCAUUGGUGGCAUGGGCUUCCUCUCUGUGAUUUUGUGUAAUUUUGCAGGCACGAAUAUUGGUACCACAAUCCUGCUGUCCCGCGUAAUACAAGAAUGGCAAAAGAUCCAUCGCAGUAACGGGAUCCCCAUCACCGAUCGGACAUUCUGGGCAACAGUGUACAGCAUGGCGCUCGGCGUCAACUACGGUGCAUUUAGCACGGCAUUCAGCGCGUCGCUAGCGGGUCUCUUAUGGCGGGACAUCCUUGCCAGGAAGCACAUUCGCGUCCGAGGUCUCGAUUUUGCGCGUGUAAAUCUUCCCAUCAUCGCUAUCUCCAUGGCCGUCGGCUGUGCCGUCCUCGUCGGCGAGGUGUACAUUAUGAGGGAUAGUUCUCCUUACGAUCUCAGACCUCGUCAGCUUAGCUCGCUCAUUCAAAGGUUGAUAUUCAACGCUGAUUCUACAACCAAGUUGAGCAAAAGAGAAGCCCGCUCUUCAGGAAGAACUGCUUUGGCAACUGUGACUGGUGCUGGAAAGGGCGAAGAUGCUGAGGACCAAUAA